AAAUAAAAAAGAGCGAGAGCGAGCGAGAGGAGCUGCUACUAAAGAGGCCGGAAGAAAAGCGACCAAAUCUCGCAACAACGAAUUCCUCCUCCACCUCCCCACUUUCCCUUCCCCUCGCGAGUCUCGAUCCAAAUCCGGCGAUGGACGGCGGGGGGCAGCCGCCGGACACGGAGAUGGCGGACGCCAGCGCGGGCGGCGGGGCGGGCGGGGGCCAGCCGCCGCCGCAGCAGACGGGAGCAGGAGGGGGAGGCGGGAUGAUGGAGAACAUCCAGGCCACGCUGAGCCACGGCGGGCGGUUCAUCCAGUACAACAUCUUCGGCAACGUGUUCGAGGUCACCGCCAAGUACAAGCCCCCCAUCCUCCCCAUCGGCAAGGGCGCCUACGGCAUCGUCUGCUCGGCGCUCAACUCGGAGACGGGGGAGCAGGUGGCGAUCAAGAAGAUCGCCAACGCCUUCGACAACAAGAUCGACGCCAAGCGCACGCUCCGCGAGAUCAAGCUGCUCCGCCACAUGGACCACGAGAAUAUUGUUGCAAUAAGGGAUAUCAUACCUCCUGCACAGAGAGAGACAUUUAAUGAUGUCUAUACUGCUUAUGAAUUGAUGGAUACUGAUCUGCAUCAAAUUAUUCGCUCAAAUCAAGCUUUGUCAGAGGAGCACUGCCAGUAUUUUCUUUAUCAGAUUCUUCGUGGAUUGAAGUAUAUACAUUCAGCAAAUGUCCUUCAUCGAGACUUGAAGCCUAGCAAUCUUCUUUUGAAUGCCAACUGUGACCUCAAGAUAUGUGAUUUUGGGCUUGCUCGCACCACCUCGGAAACUGAUUUUAUGACUGAAUAUGUUGUCACAAGAUGGUACAGAGCACCAGAGCUUUUGUUGAAUUCCUCUGAAUAUACUGCAGCAAUUGAUGUGUGGUCUGUGGGCUGUAUUUUUAUGGAACUAAUGGAUCGUAAGCCCUUGUUUCCUGGAAGAGACCAUGUCCAUCAGCUACGUCUGCUAAUGGAGCUCAUUGGGACACCGAAUGACGCUGAUCUGGAUUUUGUAAAUGAAAAUGCAAGAAGAUAUAUCCGCCAACUUCCCCGUCAUGCCAGGCAGUCUUUUCCUGAAAAAUUUCCACAUGUUCAACCUUUAGCAAUUGACUUGGUUGAAAAGAUGCUGACUUUUGAUCCUAGACUGAGAAUAACAGUUGAAGGUGCCCUUGCACAUCCUUACUUGGCAUCAUUGCAUGACAUAAGUGACGAGCCAGGCUGCUCAAUGCCCUUCAGCUUUGACUUUGAGCAGCAUGCAUUGUCAGAAGAACAAAUGAAGGAUCUAAUCUACCAAGAGGCUCUUGCAUUCAACCCUGAGUACCAGUAGCUGGAGUUCUAAUUAAACCAUCGAUCGACUUCAUUCACAUGGAUUUUUUUUUUCACCCUCCUGUUGCCACAAAAGGUCACCACCAGCGGUUGCUAGUUGUAAAUAAUUGCCACACCUGAAGAUUCUCCUUGCUGCUGGAGGGUGGUGUCUUUCAAGGGUAGAAAAGAUCUCUGUUGUGGUCAAAUUUCUGCGUGGCUAUUGAUUCUUGUGCGUAAUAUGCUGUUUCAUGUGGACUUACCCUCUUUUUUACCCUUCUUAAACCUCUUUCUUUUAAACAUUUCAAUGUCUUCUGUAAGAAGAGGUAGUUCAUGAACGAUGGCUGCCUGAAUUCAAUGGCUGUCGUCGAAGUUUACAUUUCUGGUCGAUUUAAGAAUUUUUGUACCUA